AUGUCUAGCGAGACGAGCGCCCCGGGAACCUCGCCCAGGGCCCCACGUCCCGGGACCCAGAGAGGAUCUGCUGCUGCGACCAAGAAGGCGGAGCGCGCUGCCAAGGAGAAGCCAGUGACCAGCCUGCCGCCGGUGGUGGAUGAGGAGCCGAAGAACCCAGAGGAGUACCAGUGCACUGGCAUUCUGGAGACGGACUUUGCUGAGCUCUGCGUGCGAUCAGGCUACACGGACUUCCCCAAAGUUGUCAUCCGGCCCCGGACUCACUCGACGUUCGUCCCAUCUGCCUCCAUGUUGGAAAAACCCGGUCUAGAGGAGCAGCAGCAGCAGCAGCAGCAGCGUCUGUCAGGAUCCUGCAGCCUCAACAGUGUGGAGAGCAAAUAUGUGUUCUUCCGGCCCACCAUCCAGGUGGAGCUGGAGCAGGAGGACCCCAAGUCGGUGAAGGAAAUCUACAUCCGCGGUUGGAGGGUUGAAGAUCGAAUUCUGGGCAUCUUCUCCAGAUGCCUGCCCUCCCUCAGCCAGCUGCAGGCCAUCAACUUUUGGAAUGUGGGGCUGACUGAUAAGACGCUGACCACCUUUGUUGCCCUUCUGCCUCUCUGCUCAUCCACACUCAGGAAGGUGUCCCUGGAGGGGAACCCACUGCCGGGGCAGUCAUAUCACAAGCUCUUGGGGCAGGACAGCACGAUUGCACAUUUGUCUCUGAGGAACAACAACAUCGACGACCACGGGGCACAGCUGCUGGGCCAGGCUCUGUCCACACUGCACAGCUGCAACAAAACUCUUGUCUCGCUCAACUUGAGCUUCAAUCACAUCGGUGACGAGGGCGCGGGCUACAUCGCCGAUGGCCUCAGGCUGAACCGCUCGCUGCUUUGGCUGUCGCUGGCGCACAACCACAUCCAGGACCAGGGCGCCCUGAAGCUGGCAGAGGUCCUGCGCCCCUUCGAGCUGACACACAUCGAGGUGGUGGAGCGCCGGCGUCUCCUGCUGGAGAAGGGGACGCAGGAGCGAUUGCGAUCAUCGCCCUCCUCCUCGCGACACGCGGACUUCAAAGGUGAACGUGAUAAGGCUCAGACAUCAGGGAUCAACAGUGUGGCACUGUCAGACAAGCCGGAUAAGAUGCUGACCAUAAAACUCCCCAGGAGCUUGAGCAAGAAGAAGGAGAAGUCAGGGGAAGUGGUCAAGAAGGAGGAGAAGUCAGGGUCUGGGCAGUCCCCCACACAAGGAACCUUUAAGAAAGAAGAUUCUUCAAAGGCAGGCAAAGGGAAGGUAUCUGCCCCGGAGCAGAAGCCACCCAAGGGGAAAGGGACCAAGACUGGGAACAAAGAGAGGCGGAGCAUCCUCCUGGAGUCAGAGCUGGUUUCCGAAACAACGGAAAUGGUCAACCCGCUCCUGGAGCCUGUGGUGCAUCGAGAUGGCAAAGUUUACAUGCCCGGGAACAGGGUCCUUCUGCACCUCAACCUCCUCCGGAACCGCAUCACCGAGGUGGGGCUGGAGGGCUUCCUCACUGCAGUGCAGUACCAGGUGCAGUUCGCCAAGCCCAAGGGGGUGGUCAAGGGCCCGAUGGGGCUGCUCUGCUUGUCUCUGGCGAAAAAUUACUUCUCCCCGCAAUGUCCUGCGUACAUCAUGAUCCAGGAGCUGAUGAUGUCAAGGGACCCCAUAAGCAAGGCCAAGCCCAGGGAGGAGGAGACUGUGGCCUUCUCCCUCUAG